AUGUCUCGUCUUCGCGACACAGCGGAUUAUAUAUCGAAAGCAAAGCGUAGAUGGGCCGGUCACACUAUGGAAAGAAUCGACGGUAGAUGGACCAAAAGAACGCUAGAGUGGAUCCGAAGAGAUGCUAAACACCUUCGAAGAAGACGGCCAACGAGAUGGGGUGAAGUAUUCCCUACACGGAGCUCAGCUGGAUACGGCUCAAGGACCUCCUCAACGUCACUCACGAAACUUGAGAACAUCUUAGAUGACAAUGGCGAGGGAACGAAACGAGUGGAAGAGAUGCCGGGCCAUCUAAGUAUCUAA